UUUGGCGUUGGUCGUGUCCCGACCAUUCCGCAUGCACGCGGCGGCAAACGAAGUUUGUGCCGCCGAUGAGCAGAACAUUUUGGUCACAUUCGAAAAUGAAAUUGCAUCGCUUGAAUCUGUUCAAAAGAAUCAUCAUCAAGAGUUUGGGCAUCUUUUUCUUGGUGUUGUUUGUGUUACGUCGUGGUGGAAAUGCUCCGCCGUCAGUGUCGACCAUCAGCUUCCAUUCGGUCAGAGAUGACGGUCCAACUGAGACAUCAUCAGCCAGCGAGCAGAUUGGCGUCAAAAGUAAAAUCAUCCUGUACUGGAACACGUUCUACAACCAAACGGAUAUGACGUUCGGUUUCGGCCGGCAACCGUUCAUCGACGCUGGAUGUCGAGUUACAAAUUGCAUCGCAACCAACGACAGAAGUUUAUUCAAUCAAAGCGACGGUGUCAUCAUCCACGCUGGCGAUUAUGCGGAACGCGAUCUACCAACGCAUCGUUUGCCUCAUCAGCGAUUUAUUAUGCUGCUGUUUGAAACUCUUCCGGGCGGACAUGACCUGCCCUUCUUUUCGCGUCCGCAUUUCUACAACUGGACAAUGACGCAUCGCAGGGAUUCAGACAUUUACCUGAGCAAAUCGUACGGUGCGCUGAGACGACGUCGGAAUUCCGAGCCCAUCCACCAACUUCCGCCCAAGUUAAAAUCCGGCCAAUCGUUGCCUAAGCCGAGAGAUUUAUUCACCCGAACGUAUCCGCAAUUGGCCAACAGGACCAAGUUGAUGGCCUGGUUCAAUUCACAUUGCCCGACGCACAGCCAGCGCGAGGAUUACGUCAACAAGUUGGCCGAGUUCAUCCCGGUCGACGUUUACGGCAAAUGCGGCACGUUGCAAUGUUUGCCUUACAACGAUCCGCGAUGCGACACGCGCGUCCUCGUUAAUUACAGGUUUUAUUUGGCCGCAGAGAAUUCCCUGUGUCCGGAUUACGUCACUGAAAAGUUUUAUCGCGCCUUGAUGAACAGCGUCGUGCCCGUGGUGUUUGGCGGGGCGGAUUACAGCCAGUACGCGCCCCCCAAUUCUUACGUCAAUGUUGCCGAUUUCCAGUCACCAAAGCAGUUGGCCGAAUAUUUGAUGUUGCUGGCCAAGAACGACGCCCUUUACAGCAAAUAUUUCGACUGGAAGAAAGAUUACGAAGUGAUACGAAAACCGCUCAACGGUUGGUGCGACUUGUGCGAGAAACUCAACGACCCAACUGAGCAAAGCAAAAGUUAUGAAAGCCUUGCCAAAUGGUGGUACGACGAAGCUCCUUGUUUGGCAGGCUCGUCUUACAUCAAGUCUGUUUCGUAUUAAGAAGCCGUUCAUAAACGACGUCCCCAACCAGAUUUAUCCAAGAUUUUGUGACGGCUUGCGACAUUUUGAAAAUGUGAUGUCAAAAGUCCAAAUGUUUUUGUCAAAUGAAAACAAUAAAUAAAUAAAAACAC